CAGUCCAUGGGUGGAAAAGCCGGACGGGGCGAUUAAUCAUUUUUGCUUCCUCGCAUAUUCACCUUUGCUUUUCUGGUUUCAGUCGUUCUUUUUUUACCUAUCAUAACGGGAAAUGGUCAAUAUGCAAGCAGUUCCGGAAAAGCUCCAGUUUCAUUCCGUAGAGGAUGCUUUAAAAGAUUUCGCUGAGAAUAAGUUUGUCCUUGUAAUGGACGAUGAGGACCGCGAAAAUGAAGGUGAUCUAAUUAUUGCUGCCGAGAACAUUACAACUGCCCAAAUGGCAUUUUUGGUCAAAUACUCGAGUGGUUAUAUUUGCGUACCAACAACGGGGGAACGUCUAGACACUUUAGAAUUACCUUUGAUGGUACCCCGGAAUACCGAGCUCAUGCGAACGGCUUACACUGUCUCCGUGGAUUAUAAACACGGCACGACGACCGGCAUCAGCGCUCACGAUCGAGCAUUAACAGCACGCAAACUGGCUGACUCUACAAGUAAACCGGACGACUUUUCUCGACCUGGCCAUAUCCUACCCUUACGUGCGGUGCCGAAUGGGGUGUUUGAGCGGUUUGGUCACACCGAGGCGGCCGUAGACUUGUGUAAGCUUGCUAAACUCCCCCCCGUGGCGUGCAUCGGUGAAUUGGUUAAAGAAGAUGACGAGGAAGGAGGCAUGGCUCGACGAGAUGAUUGCAUAAAAUUCAGCAACAAGCAUGGUAUCAAGAUCAUCACUAUAAAAGACCUCAUCGCAUACAGACGCAAGGUGGAAUCAUCUUAAUACUCUUUUUACACGUUACAAUUGGAAUUAAAAAAUACAGAAAUUGUGCAUAGACAUGGAAAAAGGGGUUUCACUUGUAUGUGCAAGGAUUUACGGAGAUCAUCGGUCGAGUUGGAAGCCUGGGAGCUUAUGCUUCAAUUUUUCUUAUUCGGCUAAUUGUGCAUCGCGCGGGUUCAAAAAUGCUGCAAGAUAAAAAUAAUAAUAAAAAACAUUGGAAGCAUGACCAUAGUCUA